CGGGGCGGGGCGCCCGGCCGCACUCGGGCCCGGGCUCAUGGGCGCGCCGAGCCGGGCUCGGGGGCGCUGAGAGGGCGGGCGCGGCCGGAGGAGCCAUGGACUGCACCCUCGUGCGGACGCUCGUGCACAGAUACUGUGCUGGGGAGGAGGACUGGGUGGACAGCCGGACCGUGUACGUGGGCCACCGCGAGCCCCCGCCGGGUACUGAGGCCUACAUCCCGCAGAGGUGCCCGGACAACAGAAUCGUCUCCUCCAAGUACACAUUUUGGAACUUCAUACCCAAGAACUUAUUUGAACAAUUCAGAAGAAUAGCCAACUUUUAUUUUCUUAUCAUAUUUCUGGUACAGCUGAUUAUUGAUACGCCCACGAGUCCAGUGACAAGUGGCCUCCCGCUCUUCUUCGUCAUCACUGUCACAGCUAUCAAGCAGGGCUACGAGGACUGGCUGCGCCACAAAGCCGACAGCGCCAUGAACCAGUGCCCCGUGCACUUCGUCCAGCACGGCCGGCUGGUGCGGAAGCAGAGCCGGAAGCUCAGGGUCGGGGACAUCGUCAUGGUCAAGGAGGAUGAGACCUUCCCCUGUGACCUGAUCUUCCUGUCCAGCAGCCGCGUGGACGGGACCUGCCACGUGACCACCGCCAGCCUGGACGGAGAGUCCAGCCACAAGACCCAUUAUGCAGUUCAAGACACAAAGGGGUUUCACACGGAGGAAGAUAUAGACUCUCUCCACGCCACCAUCGAGUGUGAGCAGCCCCAGCCCGACCUCUACAGGUUCGUCGGCCGCAUAAAUGUUUACAGUGAUCUGAAUGACCCCGUGGUGAGGCCAUUAGGAUCGGAAAACUUGCUUCUUAGAGGAGCCACGCUAAAGAACACUGAGAAAAUCUUCGGUGUUGCUAUUUACACGGGCAUGGAAACCAAGAUGGCGCUGAAUUAUCAGGCAAAAUCCCAGAAGCGAUCUGCUGUCGAAAAAUCAAUGAAUGUAUUCCUCAUCGUGUACCUCUGCAUCCUAAUCAGCAAAGCGCUGAUUAAUACCGUCCUGAAGUACGUGUGGCAGAGCGAGCCGUUCCGAGAUGAGCCGUGGUACAACCAGAAGACGGAGGCGGAAAGACAGAGGAACCCGUUUCUCAGAGCCUUCACGGACUUCCUGGCCUUCAUGGUUCUCUUCAACUACAUCAUCCCCGUGUCCAUGUACGUCACCGUGGAGAUGCAGAAGUUCCUCGGCUCCUACUUCAUCACCUGGGACGAAGAAAUGUUUGACGAGGAAACGGGGGAAGGGCCUCUGGUCAACACCUCGGACUUAAACGAAGAGCUAGGACAGGUGGAGUACGUGUUCACGGACAAGACGGGCACCCUCACCGAGAACAACAUGGAGUUCAAGGAGUGCUGCGUGGAGGGCCACGUGUACGUGCCGCACGCCAUCUGCAACGGACAGGUGCUCCCCGCCGCCGCCGCCAUCGACAUGAUCGACGCCUCCCCGGGCGCCGGCGGGCGGGAGAGGGAAGAGCUGUUUUUCCGGGCCGUCUGUCUGUGCCACACCAUCCAGGUGAAGGACGACGACGAGGUGGACGGGCCCAGGAAGUCGCCGGACUCAGGGAAGCGCUGCGCGUACAUCUCGUCCUCGCCUGACGAGGUGGCUCUGGUCGAAGGCAUCCAGAGAUUGGGCUUCACGUACCUGAGGCUGAAGGACAAUUACAUGGAGCUGCAAAACAGGGACAAUGACAUUGAGAGGUUCGAAUUGCUGGAAAUUUUGAGCUUUGACUCAGUAAGAAGGAGAAUGAGUGUAAUUGUCAAAUCUGCUACAGGAGAAAUUUAUCUGUUUUGCAAAGGAGCAGAUUCCUCAAUAUUUCCCCGAGUGAUAGAGGGCAAGGUGGACCAGAUCCGAUCCCGAGUGGAGCGCAACGCAGUGGAGGGGCUUCGGACCUUGUGCGUUGCCUACAAAAGGCUCAUCCAAGAAGAAUAUGAAGGCAUCUAUAAGCUGCUGCAUGCUGCCAGAGUGGCGCUUCAAGAUCGGGAAAGGAAAUUAGCAGAAGCCUAUGAGCAAAUAGAGAAAGACCUUAUCCUGCUCGGUGCGACGGCCGUGGAGGAUCGGCUGCAGGAGAAGGCGGCCGACACCAUCGAGGCCCUGCAGAAGGCGGGCAUCAAGGUGUGGGUGCUCACGGGUGACAAGAUGGAGACAGCGGCCGCCGCCUGCUAUGCCUGCAAGCUCUUCCGCGGGACCACGCAGCUGCUCGAGGUCACCACCAAGAGGCUGGAGGAGCACAGUCUGCACGACGUGCUCUGCGAGCUGAGCAAGACCGUCCUGCGCUGCAGCGCCAGCCUGACCCGGGACAACAUCUCAGGACUCUCAACCGACAUGCAGGACUACGGUUUAAUUAUUGAUGGCGCCGCGCUGUCCUUGAUCAUGAAGCCACGUGAGGACGGGAGCUCCAGCCACUACCGAGAGCUCUUCCUGGACAUCUGCCGGAACUGCAGCGCCGUGCUCUGCUGCCGGAUGGCGCCCCUGCAGAAGGCCCAGAUUGUUAAAUUAAUCAAAUUUUCAAAAGAGCACCCUAUCACUUUAGCGAUUGGUGACGGCGCAAAUGACGUCAGCAUGAUCCUAGAGGCCCACGUGGGCAUAGGCAUCAUUGGGAAAGAAGGUCGCCAGGCUGCAAGGAACAGUGACUAUGCGAUACCGAAAUUUAAGCAUUUAAAGAAGAUGCUGCUCGUUCAUGGGCACUUUUACUAUGUUCGGAUAUCAGAGCUUGUGCAGUACUUCUUUUAUAAGAAUGUCUGCUUCAUUUUCCCUCAGUUUUUAUACCAGUUCUUCUGUGGGUUUUCACAACAGACCCUGUAUGACACUGCCUACCUGACGCUGUACAACAUCAGCUUCACCUCCCUCCCCAUCCUGCUGUACAGCCUGAUGGAGCAGCACGUCGCCAUGGACGCGCUCAAGAGAGACCCUGCCCUCUACAGAGACAUCGCCAAGAAUGCUCUCCUCCGCUGGCGGGUGUUCAUUUACUGGACGUUCUUAGGCGUGUUCGAUGCUCUGGUGUUUUUCUUCGGUGCUUACUUCAUGUUUGAAAACACAAGCGUGACCAGCAACGGACAGAUGUUUGGGAACUGGACCUUCGGGACGCUGGUGUUCACGGUGAUGGUGUUUACGGUCACCCUGAAGCUGGCGCUGGACACACACUACUGGACUUGGAUAAACCACUUUGUGAUCUGGGGAUCACUGCUGUUCUACGUCGUCUUCUCCCUCCUCUGGGGAGGAAUUAUCUGGCCAUUCCUCAGUUAUCAAAGGAUGUACUAUGUGUUCAUACACAUGCUGUCCAGCGGCCCCGCCUGGCUGGCCAUCGUCCUGCUCGUCGCCGUUAGCCUCCUUCCCGACGUCCUCAAGAAAGUGCUGUGCAGGCAGCUGUGGCCCAGCGCCACCGAGAGAGUCCAGAGGAGCUCGAGCCGCCGAGCCCCGGCCGACGCCGCGCCGAGCCCUGACCGGCCUCUCCUGAUGGACCCCGAGCCGCGGCCGAGGCGCGAGUAGCUGGCGGAUAGACCGCGUGCUUGGCGUCAGGACCACCUCUCGGGAGUCACCCCCUUGCCUCUCUGUAGACCCCAGCCCUGGGCAGCGCUCUGGGAGGGCGGGGGGCGCCAGGCCCCCUCCUGCUCAGCCUCUCCCACCCCCCGCGUCCCCACCCGGCUACAGACCCUGCUCCCGUGGCCCGAGGGGAGACCGGAUGCACGGAUCACGGGUCCAGCCGCUAAGAGCCGUACGGUGAAGGGGACAGGACAGGCGUCUCCAGGCGGCGACUAGGCAGGACGCACGCGAGCCCUCGGUGCGCCCCCUGGGAGCAGGAGGACGUCUGCGGGGGAUCGCGGUCCCCGCCCCGGGUGCGGCCGCACCGCGACCUCCUGGGAAGCACAGCUGAGUCUUGCAGGCGGGGUGGGGUCUGGCUCCUCCUCCCGGGCCCCAGAACCUCUGCUUUCGGAACCAGCCCACGGACACCUCAGGACCGGCACCCCUCCAUCCGGUCCGUCCGCUGCUGGCGCCAGGACCUGCGGUAGCGAGGCUGACCGUGGACGUGUCUGGUCCCACGUCCCUUCCUCCACGGGGCUGGGGCCUGUGUGCUUCGGCACCGCCUUCUGCCUCCCCCCAGCUGCCUCUGCGAAGAGGGGAACCUGUCCAGUAAAGCUUCCGGCACAGGUUCCGGGCGAUUCAUCUUCCCGCUCCGAGGAUGCGGCUCACCGGGGUGCCCUUGCUGCGAAAUGCCCGUUUUGGGGGUUGAGGGGAAGGGUGGGGUCUGGGUGCCCGAGGCCGGCCUCUGGUUGUGGGGCUCAGGCCCCCAUUAAGAGUGGUCAGUCUCCCAGGCGGUGUUGUCCCCCAGAUCUGUGUCAGGCCCACAGGUCUGACAAGGUGGCCUGGGCGACCUGAAAAGCAAUAUCGCUGCCCUCGCCGCCACCGCGCUGGCUCUGACCAAACCCUGCUCUGCCGGGGGUCCGAUCCGUGUCUCCUUGAGGGGGUGAACCGUCAGAAGGCAGCUGUGCUGCAAACUCCCCGUGAAUUUCCUGUACCAGUAUCUUAUUUCUAGAACUAACCCGUUCGACAUAGCCUUAAUAGUCCGUAAAGAAGACAUUUCAGUUUGAGAUUCAGAGGGUAAAACCAGUGGCUUUUUAGGAAAGGGUCACCCAGAAGCUAAACAUUGCCCCCGCUGGAUGCAUGGGUGGUGUAUAGGGAUGUUGGGAGUGAACACUGAGUCAACUUCCGAGAUGCUCGAUGUUAGGGGUUUCGGGAAGUUCAAAUUUCAGUUUGAUUGUAUAAUGUCCACCUAUAAACUAUUUGUUUAAACGAGGGGAUAAGUUAACAGCAAGAACAAGGGUACACAGGUAGUCGGGGUGAAGCAGGUGAAGUAUAAACAUACCAAAGACUAGGAUGAUGGACGUGGGGCUUCCAGUGAGACGGGGAUGGGAGGGCGUGUCUGUCCGAGGGUCCUCCAGCCUCCACCCCGCCCUCUGUCACUCACGCUCCAUGUCCAGGGUGUGGUCCACACUAGACCCUGCAAACAAUGGUGUGUGCAUUUUUACAGUCGUUUUUAAGAACCUAAAAUGGGUAUAAAUGUAAUACAUGUGGGGGACAGAUUCUCUGUACGUUGAGUUAACAAAUUGUUUGUAAUGUAUUUUUUUAGAAAUCUUAAAAUUCCCUUUGCACUGAAGUAUUUUCAUAGCUGUUUUAUUUGUUAAUGUAUCAUAUCUAAUUUUUAAAGUAUGUUUUUAAAGCUUUUAUUUUUUAAGUUGAUGACAUUUUGGCCACUUUAUAUUUGAAUUCUGAUGAACAUUUUGGCUGAAUGUCUCAAUAUCUGAUGAAUGUGAAUUUUCAGAUUUGAUUUUAUUCUCUACACCUGUUUAUUUUUGGUGUUUCUGGCGGUAGUGAGUAGCUAAAAGGCAUAUUUAGAGUAUGAUAAUUUGCUAUGCUCUUUCUUCACAGUUCAUUGCCAUUUCCUCUGCUUCUUAUUUGGUUUUUCAUUUCCUUCAGCCUUAAAAUAGAAGCUUCUUGACGGUUCUGUGUCCUCUUUUUGCCUGUAUUGAGAUGGUUACCAUUUACCUCGGAUAAGUCAAGUCUCCUUAUGAAAGUUACUGACCUUUACAUGCUCCAAAAAGUCUUUUUAAAAUUGUUUGGGAAAUUAUUAAGUGACUGUGCCUGAUAAUUUGAAAUAGGCGAGGGGCAUGAGAUCAAAAGUAAAGUCAAAGGAGGGACGGAAGAACCCACCGAAGUGACAUUGCAGACAAGACAGUGAGGUUCCCACCUGACAGUGGGCAGUACUUACUUGCCUUACACUAACCUUAAAACAAGUAAUUUAAGCAUUUUCCUUAGUUUCGAAAAUCUUACAGCUGUACGUUAAUCACUUAUUAACAUUUCCCCCGUUGGUCCAGAUGUCUGGCUCCUGACCCACACGCCAUCCCCCAAAGCAAGCUCUCUGUAGGCCGUGUUGCUCCGGCCACCUCCCUGCUCCUGCUUUCAGCUCCCGGCCCACCGAGGCCGCAGGUGCACACACAUCCCACGUCCUAAGGGGACCCUGCGGGGGGCCUCUGAGCCCCACCCUCAGGACAGGUGGCUGCCAGCAGCCCUCGGACCCUCCCAGCUGCAGCAUCCCUGUGUCCGGAGCUGGGAGUAAAGACCCUCUCUUGACAACUCCUGUUAGAAUCCAAAUCAGCCCAUUCCUGUGCCCUUGAUUCCAGGGGGUGAACACAGACCAAAUGACCCGCGCCCCCCUCCCCCGAGGGGGGCCAUGGCCCCGUGAGACCCACUGGUGGCAGUGCUGGGCCGCGGGAGGAGCCCAGGAACGCCACCUUCUGCAGUAGCAGGUUUAUAGAAGCAUAGUUUGGCCUGGUGAGAUUUUGCAGCUUUAACUACAGAACUGCCUUGCACACGCUGUGUAACUAUUCUUAAGUUCAUGGGCAUCAACCAAAAGUUCAGGGCAACCUAAGGGAAGUUUCCGGCCUUUUUCUUUAAAACCACUAAGUUCAUCUGUUUUGCACUAUUAAUGAUGUAAUACAACCACUUCUGCUUUAUCUUAAAAUUAAGGGUAUUUAUUUGACAACUCAGUGUAACAGCUUGCUCUGCACUUUCUUUUGGAAGUUUCCCAUUUGUAACUUUAAAAACAGGAAAAAUGUCAGCUGGCAAAUGCAUUCUUUUUUUCUUUUUUUUUUUUUUUAGUUAGAGGGUAGGUGAAGGGGUGAGAAUCAUUCUGAUUGUCUAUAAACAAAGCUUUAAUGAAAAUGUGUCAGAGUAUUAUUAAAGUGUGAUUCUACUUUUGCAGAAAAAAAUCUAAAGAUCAGUUUAUAUAGCUUUAUUUUUUACCUUAUCGAAAUAUACAGAAUUUUAAUAUGCGUAUAUUGUCUCUGACUUAAAGUUAUAAUGUGUGUCUGCAUUGCUGUUUAAAAUGUCCAUUCAUUAUGUAAUGUAAUUAAAGAGAAUCUUCAAAAAUGUAUUUAACAUGAAAGUUAUCUCUAGGUGUUGUCAUCAUAAAUACUGGAAUUUAUUUUUAAAUUAU